AUGGCUGAGAAUACACCAGCCCAGACACUAGAGAAAAUCUAUCUGAGACUCGCUUUGUGCGAAACAGAUGCCCAACUUCAAUCUUUCACAAACAAAUAUCUUGUGGAACUCAUAUCUCUGUUAGAUAACAAUCCCAUGCUCUUAAUCCAGGGGAAAGAAAUUCUCUCGCAUUACAAUACUAGAGUUCGAAACAAUGCUGAAAUAUUAUUUCCUAUCAAUAACUUAUUGGAAACUCUUUUCAAUGGAGGAACAUUAGCGAGAAAUUUGGUUCUUAUUUAUUUACGUAUGGGACGUUCUCGUCUCAGCACUGAACAACAUUUUGAACUUCUGCCCAUCUUUUUGAAUGGAGUGGAAAAGAAACCUUUGGACAGCAACUAUUGUUUUGAGCUUCUGAGUUUAGCUCUACCUGGCUUCCUUCAUCUGGCAAAGCUUAACUCCGAUAAAUGGCCCAAAUUCAAUUUUAGUCAAGCGGCUGCCAAAGUCAUUCUAAGAUUCUUUCAUUGCUAUGUUGUUUUUACAAUAUCUUCAAAGACUAUCACUGGAGAUGUCACACCUCUAUCUGCUUCGGAACAUGAAAUUAUCAAAAAGUUCAUAACUGAUGAGGAUCCGUCUUUGAUCAGCAGUGAUAAAAAAGAGUCUAUUCUGAAAUUAUCGGAGAAUGGGUUGUUCACAGAAGAACAGUAUUUCCCUUUGAUGGUUAUUGCCUCAGGGUUCGAGGAGGAUAGAGUGUCGAGCAGUGCUGACUUGGCUCUGAGAAAAGUUGAUAUACAGAAGUGUGUUGACAACCCGGAAGUUGUGAACAAUCUAAUGGACAGUUUCUUAGGCAGUAAAGGAACUGAUAGUAUUCCUGCUCAGCAACAGGUGGAAGCAGCGAGUUAUGCCAUGAAAUGUAAAAUCCUCAACUUUCUCUGUCGAUCUGCAAUAGCUCCGAGUACUUAUAUGAAGAAUAUGAAGAUAUGCCUGGCCAGUAUCAACCAAGUUAAGCAACCAAAGUUGCAAUCAGGCUCAUUACUGUUUUUGCUGAAAAUCAUCGGGAAAAUGUCUGCAACGGUUUUAACCAACUUUGGGCCCUCGUUAUUCUCUCGCCUGUAUUCUAUUUCUGCGAACACCCAAAACACUCAAUGCUUAGAAAUGCUUUACCGAUGUCUCGGAGCUUUGGGUAAAGCUCACAAUACGCUUGUACUUUCGAACAUGUACAUUGUAACCGAAUUGUUUGAUGCCGUUUCAAUAAGUGAUGACAAUGUUGCCUACUCGAUAGUAGAAACAUUAACAGACUGGUUGCCAGCUUUCUGUCAGUCUGAGAAUCAGGAAGUUCUGACAAAUUUGAAGAAGUUGGUCUCCGAUUUUGUAAUUCAUAAAAACGCUAAGAGCAGACUUAUUGCUUUGAAAUAUGUAGAAGCACUGUUGUCUGACCAGGAAAUGGAUAUCAAGUGGAUCUUACUCAUGGCUGCUGGUGAUAGUCGUGACGAAAUGAAGAAAGAAGCUGCCCGUCUGCUUGACAUGAGUCUUUCAAAGAACGCAAUUCCUAAGCUGGAAGUUAUUGUCGAUUUCUUGUGGGCGAAAACAAACACUGAUAUCGUCGAUGAGCACGGCAAGGAGAAAUCACUUUCCCAUCAACAAUUAACGGCUGAAACUUAUCACAUGUGCGCUCGUUACUUAUGGGCAGUUUCCGAGAGUUUGUGUGGAAUGGAACCAGAUCUCCGCAUUAUUGAAGGGGAUGAUCACUGGAUGACAACUUCUCCGAAAAUUGCGAAGAUGCUUCGAACUCUGGAUCAGUCUUUGUUGAGGAAGAUGACAUUGAUUGUUGUGCAAAGUGUCAGACAAGCAUAUGAUGUGCAUUUCUUCCGUAUCGCUGCUUGUUUCAUAUCUGUUCAUCCUCUCCAAAACUUCAAUAUCUCUCUCGAAGCUUGUGCCCAAAGAGCUAGAGAUAGUUCUAGAGGAGAACUCUCAUCGUGCGCUUCUUUUGUAACUUGUUCUUUAUUAGAUGCGAAAGAACGUAUACCAUUCUAUGAAAAGAAUAUGCUUCAGUUAGAAAAGAUUCCUAAAUCAGGAACAUGCUGGUUAGCUACGAUGGCGUUAACAGUUGGCGAUAUUAAUGAAACUUUGGAAAAAGCGAAAGAACUGGUCAAUCGUUUGAUCAAGAUGGCUGAAGAUGAGUACUCCGGAGGAAGCAGCUUGCUUGAAGGAGUAUUGGGUUGCUUAGUGACUAUUCUGCGAACUUUCCAUAAAGGAACUACGCUUCUCAAUCUCGAAGAAAGCGUAUUAACUAAGCUUUUCAACAUCUGUGAGAAAAUCGCUGGUUCUAGAAUCGACACACUUUCCACGAAAGCUCGUGAAUCAGCUGUGCAAGCUUUAGGGUUCAUUCCUUACGAUACUCAAGAAGAGGAACUGUAUGAGAAGGUUAAAACUGCUCUGUUCCGAGUUGCUGAUGGACCACCUCAACUGGAACUUCAUCUUAUCGUCGGAGUAUCUCUGUGGGAUGCUAUGCUGGCAAAUUACUCUUCUUCUCGUCGCUUAGUAUAUGUGUCUGCAGAGGAGGACUUCCAAACUACCACGCUGUCUUCUGAUGAGAAUGCUUUAGUGUCGAAAAAGUUUACGGAAUUGAUUGAUUUCAUUCUGACUACUAAGCUAGUCUCUGGAAAUCACCAUGUUCGCCGUGCUUCAAUUGUAUGGCUUUGGUCGUUGAUUCAAAAAGCUAGUGUUUGUAAUCUGCAUUGCUUGUCUUCCUUGUUAACGAAAAUUCAAGAAGGCUUUGCUGAAGGACUGACAGAAAAUGAUGAGUUUGCCCAAGAUAUUGCAUCCAAGGGUAUGGGAAUCGUUUAUCAGAUAGCUCCACCUGAACAGAAGAAAACUCUCGUAUCAACUUUGAUGAACUCUUUAAUUGACGGAAGACAAAGUAGUGUGAAAGUAACAGAGGGUACUGUUAUCUUCAAAGAGGGCCAACUCGGGAAAAGUCCAGAUGGUUCCAAUCUCACCACGUAUAAGGAACUCUGCUCGUUGGCUACCGGUCUGAACAAGCCAGAUCUGAUUUACAAGUUCAUGCAACUUGCUAAACACAAUGCUAUUUGGAAUUCGAAGAAGGGUGCAGCUCACGGCUUCAGUGCUAUUCUAGAGCAAGCCCGUGAGGAGUUGGAUCCAUUCGUUGGAGAUCUUGUUCCUAAGCUUUUCCGUUACCGUUACGACCCAGAUACGAAAGUUCAACAGUCUAUGAAAUCCAUUUGGACAGCAUUAACUAAACAAAAGCGAAACGUGAUUGACCAAUUCGCUGAUAAUAUCGCAGCUGAACUCUAUCCACAACUCACCAACAAAGAAUGGCGAGUUCGCGAAUCAGCGUGCUUAGCACUUUCGGAUCUUCUCCGAGGGCAUGAUACACCUGCUAUGCAUGAGAAAAUUCCUUAUCUAUUGGAUAUCAUUUUCCGAGUGAAGGACGAUGUGAAAGAAUCUGUGAGAUUGGGAGCUGACAAAGCCGGAGAGGCUAUUUCUAAGAUUAUUCUUAAAAUCGGGCAAUCAACCAAUAAAACGCGAGCUAACGAGUUCCUAGGGAACGUUCUCCCAACUCUUAUUGAGAAAGGAGUGCAUUCAAGUUUCUCACCGAACAAAUACUACAGUUUGGCUUUACUGAUUGAUCUGGCCAAAAAUGCUGGAGAACAACUCAAGCCAUAUCUGGCUGAUCUUAUCCCUUGCCUGUUAGACGCAAUCAGUGGAUCAGAACACCAAAUGUUGAACUAUUUGGCUGUUAGAUCAAAUGCUGAUCAGCUGGAAGCGCUCGAUGAUGCAAGAUCUAAGAUGGCUCGUACCUCACCUAUGAUGACAGCUAUAUCGGACUUAUUACCUCACAUUGACACAUCUGUUCUCAAUGAUCUGCAAAGCAAGCUGUGUGAUUCCUUAAGAGCUAGCGUUGGGACUAGUACCAGAGCCGGUGCAUCCCAAGUUGUAACUCAAUUAUGUUUGAGAGCACCUCAACUUAUGAUGGACAAUCAAGUAGUUUGUGACAAACUUUUUGCUGCUCUGCUACCCGGUAUCCGUGAUAAGAAUCCUUCUAUUCGAAAGAAUUUUGCAAACUGCCUCUCAUAUCUCGCAAAGUACUCGACCCAUCAACAGAUGAAUAGUCUCAUGAAGCAAGUCACGAAGGAUCUUAUUUCAGAAGACCAAAGUAUGAAGGAAGCUAGUCGUCAUAUCCUUAGGAACAUGAUUGCCAACUGCUCGGAACUCAUUACUUCAUACUCGUAUAGACUGGUACCUUACGUAUUUCUCGAAACAUGUGCUGAAGUUGUGAAAGGCGAUGAAAGUGGGAAGAAGAGACAUGACGGUUGGUUGGAGCUUUGGAAUGAGCUGGUGCCAAGUACAGAAGGAGCCGUCCGCUUGUACAGAAAAGAGAUAAUCGAACUGGCUGUGGAUACUUUGCAAAACAACGCUGUCUGGGCUGUUCGAGCUCAAUCAGCCAAAAUGCUUUCUAAAACUGUUAAUCUUGCAAAGGAUAUAUCGGUGGAAGAUGCAGAUAAGAUAGUUUCCGUCAUCUUGCCUCUCUUGUCAGGACGUCUUUGGGAAGGCAAAGUGCAUGUUUUGAGUGCAUUAGGUUCAUUGUUUGAUGUAUAUGGGGAUGGUUUCCAACAAGCAUGGAACCAAGAUCGUUUGAACGAGGUUGCCACUGUUGUCAAGAGGGAAGCUUCUAAGCGAAAUAAAGUUUACUCUGGUGCUGGAAUACAUGUAGCUGCUAUCUUUGCAUAUAGUUUAGCAAAUUUGGAAAUGGCCCAAUGGGUUUUGGAAAGAGUGGAGAACGUUUUGAACAAAAUUUUGAUUCCAUCUGAAGCUGAUAGCAGUUCUGAUGGAGAGGACUUGUCGAACUUUGAGAAAGAAUCUAUCAGUAUGCGAUUUGCCGCUACUCAUCUCGUUGGAUUAGUUAUGUCUCUGCGCUCUUUCAAAAAAGGAGUUGAAGCGAAGCGUACAGCAGAUAAGGUUGCUUAUUACCUCUCGAGCAAAAACUUGUAUUGGAAUUCAAGACAAGACAUGCUCAGCUCCCUUAUGGUAACGAUGGAGAAAUGGGAGUUGAAAGAAGUAUUUGACGCGAAUACUCUGGUUGACGCACUUUUAGAAACGAGCAGCGAAAUGUACAACGACAAGAGGAAAACUAUCGCUCUUCAAUGCGUCAACAUUGUAAGUAAAAUAGCUGAAAGGCGGGAUGUUUUCAAGUUUGAAGUUGACCGGGCUAAGACAGUCAUAUCACAGAUGCCACUGGCUGCAGAAGGUGGUUUAACAACCCUUGUAGAUAAACUCUCUUAA